AUGGGCUCAAUAUUUCCAGAAAGGACUCAGAAUCCACUGGCCCAUAAAACUCUACUUUGUACUCGCCGGUACUCAUUCCCCAGAUUAAGGUAUCUUCCUGUAUACACAUCUUCUUCUAAAGAAGACAGCUACGUAGAAGUCAGUCUCUACUCAACUCCAUCUGGUGAAAAUAGUGAGGCCUCACUGAUCUCAACUGUCAAGCAAGGAAUUAAAAAGCAAGCCAGAAGAGCUCCCAAGCCAGCCUGGAGCAGUCCAUUUUUAGAAAGUCAAAUGGCAAAAAAGCCAACUCCGUCACACACAGCAGUUCCCGUGCACCUGGAGGCUGCAGGCAGGCACAUUGAUAGGCACGCCAGACUUCUGAACCGGGCCUCCUGCAACUCAGAGGAACGUCCUAUUUUGCGUAGUCCGGGAGGGAGACCUUUCACUGCUACCAGGCUCUGCAGAAGAAGACAGCCUCCCUUAACCCUGCAGAGAGCCUCCGGGAGUUUCUCAGAACCCGAGGUGGAGCAGAGGACGGCAACCACAGUAGGCAAUCUGGCAAACUUAGAUUGUCGAAGCAGGCUCCUAGACACGCCCGGAAAUCCCACUGGAAGAUGCGCAGUUACCAUGACACCGGAGAUGCUCCCCAAACACCCUCACUUCGCGGGGAGAAGAGGGCCCAGGGCAGACGCCUCCCUCCGGGGCAGUCUGGCAGGAGCGCCCAUUCCUCGCCUGGCCCAUACUGCCCCGCAUCUCUCCUCGGAGAGGUUAAUACAAGUUUGCUCUUCUCCCCCCUCCCGCCCACCCGGGCGUUUCCAUAAGGCUUGUUCACAGGCCCCUCCUUGGCCGGGGGUGAAUGCUCGCUUGCAUUGA